CUUCUCCGAUUUGACUACCUCCAUACAAACCUCCGCUCCCCACCUCCAGGAACUGCUCUUGUUCACACUGGUUUCAGAGUUACAAUAUUUCACAAUCCUCUAUUCUAAAGUGACGAUUAUCUUGCACUUGCAAUAAAGAUAUUUUAUCUUCAUAUGUCUUCAACAUCAACCCAUCCAGUUCCAGCAUCUUAAUAUCCUAAACCACAUCUUCAUGCAUUUUGAUCAGUUCCUUUUUUUGGUGAACAAGCGCAACGACCAGCUGAAGAAAGGUACUUAAAUAGUCAAUCGAUCAUUGUAAGUGUGAGUCAGGAGUGAGUCUACUAGUGCUCCAGCAGGAGUAAUAUGUGGCGAUUAGACCGUCCGCUGGUGCAUGAUGAUGUGGAGAUGUUUGUUGCGAAGAAGCCUUUUGUUCCGCUCAACACAGAUCAGAGUUCUUUGAAAUUUUCCCCUGAAGGCGUUUUUGGUUCGAAGCGUAGGAAAGUUCCAGCUGCGGGAGAGAGGAAUUAUCCGAGACGAGCUACAGCUACUGCGGGAUCAGUUCUUGGAGGAACAAAUUGCGACGAACAACGAGACCUCUCGAAUAAGAAAGGUGCGGCAGCCGUACAUCCAAGCGAGUCAUGGGAUCUUCGCGAUGUUGAAGAUGAGCUGAGGUCGUUGAACGCUAGUCGUGAAGACGAAGCGCGUAGUACAACUAGAACCAAGAGGGAGGAGGAGCGGCCAGUGGAUCCCCUUUCUAGCACUACAGCCAACGGGGCGCCUGCUAUGCUAUUUUAUCGAAGUGAGGAGGAGGCUACGUCAAAAGCGCCAAGCACACUUCCCCCAGACGAAACCCCUCCACCUCGUGCCUCGUUCUUUGAUUCGCGCAUGAUUCCAUCCUUUCUGGGGAUAGGUACUUACUUGUUUUCGCAACAUCGAGCAUGAGCUUGUUUGAGUGCUUUCUUCUUUUUGCUCUGCCCUUUCUGCGUGGUUUGUGCCUGGCUUGGAGGGUUGGGGUUUGGAUGCAAUCUCCAAUAGAGUUAGGUAUGGUAAACCGGUACCCUUGGUCUUACCUAACGCGGCGGUCUAUUGGAGGUGCGAGCACCCACCCCCCCAGUUGUCCCUCCGCCAUUGGGAUCUGGGGCGUGGACGCCAAGGGCUGAAGCAUCUACUUGGGGUUGUGCUAACUAGCUAUUUUAAAUAGUUACUCCUUGCUUUAUUACUCUAUCUAAUUACACUAUGGAUCUACAUCUAACUUGUUAUUCUUGUUUUUCUCCGAGUUCGUCCCUCCCUUGCUGUGACGAGUGUUGAGAGUGAGCGGAGUACUGUCGGUUCUUCCUCUCGAGUUCAACGUUCUCCUGCUCUUGCCCAAGCUGAUACUGAUUGGCUAACUACAUCCUUAUAAAUAUACAUUCAUAACAUCUUUAAUAUUUCUCCCAUUCUACCUUUUGAGAUUGGCUUGUACGAGACAAAUAUCCAAAAAAACUUGAAUGACUGGUAAAGGGAGAAUCACUGGCAUGAUACACAAGCAUACGUAUGAUCAUCAAUUCAUUGUAACACCCAUCAACAUUUUCAAUGACAGGUUCAUCAAAGACAUCGCAAUCUUCAAGAUCAAGUCCCACGAUCAAGCAGUCGGGCGUGUCAUCUCUAGCCGGCCGACGCUUUGCGGAAGAGGGGGAGGCCACUCCUGAUCAAGAUCCAGGCAUCGUUGACGAAGACGACGAGGGGGAAGAAGACACGCUGCCAGAGGAACCACCGAGCGCUAGCGAAGCUCCACCAUCUGAAGUAAAAGAGGAACCUAACGACAACUACGACGCCCUAGGCGAAACAAUCGGUAUAAUGAGCGCGCCGGGUCAGAGGAUGUCCAUGAAGGACUUUCUCGGCGAUUCCUCCCCCGGUGGUACCCCACAAGAGGAUCACCCGGGACCAGUUGCGAACGUGUUGGGCCAAGCAGAACCGUCAACCGCCGUGCAGCUAUUCACAACACAGCCGGCUCGCUCGAAUGCCUCGACAGAUGGCAGCAGUGCACCUUCGAGCAGUACUCCAGGAGCGUCGGGGGAAGAGACUUCGGAAGUCGAUGCUCAGCUUGCCGAUAAGGUGGUAGCGGUUGACAUCGAUAAAUUUGAAAAGAGCCCAGAAAUGCCCUUUCUGGAUCCUAGAGUCGAGAGAGCAUUGCGGCCACCUGCUGAGGAAACAACAGCAACACUAGGCAAAGCGAUGGCAUACAUCCAAAACCAAGGGCAUCCGGGGUCGUUGUUGGGAACAAGUAAUGUAGACGUAGAGGAGCGUGGUGCCUCGUUGUCCUCUCGUCCUGCUGCUGGUGCCGCGACGGCUUCAUCACGUGUGUUAGCGGGUGGAGUCACUGGUGGGGCUGCAGCUCCUGGUCCGAUAGGAGGCGGUGGCAUCGCCAGAAACAGCUUCAUCGGUCGACGUGCAAGCAGUAUCAUCAAGCCUUCGUCGCAAUAUGAACGGCAACAGCAGGAGCAGGUCGAAGAGCGGCGUAGGAACCAAGGAAGCCACGCGUUCUUUUCGUCGCUCUUCAAGGACCAAAACAUGUCUUCAACCAAUGGAGCGAAUGCUGAAGAAAACGUUGGUGGCAAUGUUUCGAACACGCAGAAAGACAGCAAACCGGUAUCGUCACCGGGCGGUGGGGCACCAUCAGAAUCAGUAUCCUGUCAUGGAGGAGGACAGAGCACCGUCAACCUGACUUCUAAUACUUACCCGCCCGAAAAUGACAGGCUGAACGAGUUGGAGCGCGCCGUUGCGUCGUUAACGAAGGCACUGACCCCGUCAUCGUCUUCAUCGGCGUCCUCGAGCGCAUCCGAACAAGCUGAAUCCCAUAGCCGCGGACGCGAUAAACCCUCAGCUUCAGCGGCACUCUUGUCAGAGAUUGGACUGAGCUCUCCUGAAACACCAGGAAAUAAAAAGCUAGCCGCUGCUCUCUCUUAUCGUGGCGGACCAGUGGCGAAAGCAAAAGUGUCGUACGGGCCUGAAAAAGUAUUGUCGCCUAGCGCUACAAACAGUCCGACGGGGGGGGCGAUAGAUGCAGCUGUUAGACCGAGCUUGGCCGCGGGCUUACCCGGGAGUCGGUCCACACGGUUUGCGCCUGAAGUGGAAGUACAAACCACGGUGCCUAGCAACAAUCGCCAAUCGCAAGCUGCGAGAACGCGACAGUCGCAAGCCACGCGUCAAUCGAAAGGUGUAGUACUAGAAGAUACAGGAGGAGUUGCCGCACAAACUCGUCGAACAAGGAGCAGUUCCCUAGCACGACACGACGCUGCGGCGAUACACAUAGCUUCGACCAGUACGACUCCUAAACCGCAAUUACAAGGCACAGCAGGUUCGCCAGUCCAAUGGAAGAGCAACGUUAACCAUAACUACGGACUUUACGGCGAAGAUGAACGUGAGUUUGAUGUUGUCGGAUCAGGUCCUACGACUCGUGCGCGUAUGCAGGGAUCUUCAGGUGCAGCUAGAAGAAGUCAGCAAAAAACCGCAGUUACUGCGCGAGUGGAAGGUGAGGCUAUCGAACCCCGUGAUGUUGUGGAGAUUGAGGAAAACUUUGAGCAGGAGGACGAUGGCAUGAGUCUUGAGCAAUCCGAUAACCUCUUGGCGUCCACUGUAGGCGCGGGUGGAACUUCGAGGACGUCAAGGCCGUCAAUGAAUAAGUCGAGUGCAGCCACUGCCGCGUCGUUCUCUUUGUUCGAUGAAGAGACGAAUCCACCGGCACCGAUCAGGAGUCAGAGCAGCAGUCGCAGUAUGGCAAUGAAAGGGCCAUCUUCAAGUACUAGGACGAGAAGAGAUCACGUUGCAGAAGCAGAAGAAAGAGUUGAUGAAGAUGAAGAAGUCGACUACUACACUUCCUCCAGGCGUGGUCCGUCGGCUCAAACUCGGCCUCGUCAGAGCCAGUCCCAGUCGAAUCCGGCUUCACGGGAGUCGCGGCCACGCGGUGAACAAGAAGUUUUAGCCACAGUGCCGCAAGAGGUUCUGGAUAUAGUGCGCAAAAGCGUGGAGAAAUCACUUAUAGGGAAAGCUCGUGGCAGUGCACGUGUUGAGGGUAGUGCAAUCGAUGCAAAAACCAAGAGAAGCGAAAGCAGAAGUAGUGGUCAGGCAACGACUCCAGGAGCCAGAAGUAGUUAUAGUAUCGAAGAAGGAACAAAAAAUCGCAGUGCGUCUUCCAAUUCCGCGGCUGUAAACCGAUCGAGCAGAAAAAAUGCUUCAGUACCCAAGACUGACGAGGGUGAAAUGCCGACUUUAGCCGAUUCUGCUACGAUGCAACACAACAACAACUCGCGAGCGAAACCCAAGGCGACGCCUUCCUUUGUGCAGCCAGCACAGUGGAGUGCGGACCCGUUUUCUUCUGGUGCGCGUUCUGGGAGUCGGGCGGAUUUUUCUAAGAGCAACUCGAAUGCAAAGGAGCGGUCGAAUAGCGUAACGACAAGGAGCAGUUAUCUAUACAAUCAGAGAAAUCCGGAUGCAUCAUCCAGUGUGGUUGAGAAUGCUGAAGAUAGUGUUCUCUCGUUUGUAGAAAAACAAGAAGACAACUCUCCACACCAGCGGCCGGUUGGAACCUCGUCGCACUUGUUUCACUCAGCGGUCUCAACACAACAAGGGAGAGGAGUUGGUAGCCAACCCAUCUACGGAUCGCAAGUGGCAGCAUCAAAUCAAGGAGGAGAUCAGAAUAUCGUGGCACAAGUUGUCGCUGCGCAAACUGCACACUACGAGAAUUUGGUGGCGGCCGUGCAGCAACAGACGGCCGCAACGGUUGCAGCGAACUUGCAGGAGUUCCGAGCGCAGUUGGACGCCGAGCUGGGCGCAUUGCUAAAGGAUGUUAGAGGCAAUCGCGAUGAGAGUACACAAGCACCGCGGACUCAAUACUUUUCGACGGAAGAACAACUGCAAGGCUCGCAAAGAGCAGCAAUCUCACAGCCGUCGCAGAAUGGUCUUCAGUACUCGGACGAGGUGCCACUUCCAGGCGAACUGCAAUUUGUUGGACCCGAUGGAGUGAUAUACGCCUCGAACGCACAGCGAAUGCAAGUAGAAAGUUGCCUCAGCUACGCGGGCGGCAUGAUGAAUAGCAUGCUGCAACGAGACGAGCUGAGCAGAGUAACGGAUCAGCCGAUGAGAAUGUACAGCGCCAACAGCACUAUGAGGGCAGGGGGGAUGAGGCCGAGCAACAUUCGCGAGGAAGAGAGCAGAAUGACGGAUCAGGCGGUUAGCACGUACAGCGCCAAUAAUACUAUCAGAGCAGGGGGUAUGAUGCCGAGCAGCAUCCGCGAGGAAGUGAGCAGAAUGACGGACCAGCCGGGAAGCAUUGCGCGCGCCAACACCACUAAUAUGCGAGCAGGAGGAAUGAUGAACAACUUCACCAUGCGAGAAGAUAUGAGCAGAAUGACGGAGCACGACGGUCGAGCUGGUGGUAUGAUGCCAAGCAACGUGCGAGACGAGGUUAGUAGGAUAACGGAUCGAGAGCGAGCUGCUACGUCGGUAAACUACAUGAGAGCGGGGGGCAUGAUGCCGAGCAACGUGCGAGAUGAGGUCAGUAGGAUGACUAACCAAGAGCAAGCCGGCAGUUCGGGGGUCAGCUACAUCGAUUCUAUGAGAGCGGCUGGUAUGAUGCCGAGUCACGUGCGAGACGAGGUCAGUAGGAUGACUGUGGAACCGGCGCAUUCGGCCCCGCCUGGUCGUGGAGCUCCCAUAAGCGAAGUUCUUUCGGUCCGUUCCGAUGACAGUCAGCGUCUUGGAAUGAACAGCAACAUCAAGAAGGUGGGAAAGCACCACUAUAAUCACAUGGACACAGCUGCCACGAUUUUGCCAGAAGAGCCGCGCUCGUCGAUCAGGCCUGACACGGCCUCCAGCUACAACAACAACCCUGUAUCCUUUAGGCAGAGUGAGAAUUCUGCCGGGAACGUUGAAGCAGCUCGCGGCGCACGUCUUUCACCGCGGGAAAAUGAUCACAACCCACACGUAAAUCCAUCGAUGGAUAUGGCUCGGCCGCCACCAUUUGCGACGCGUGCGACCAAUAUACGGAAACUCGGAUUGCAGGAUGAUCUCUCCUUUCAGGCGGCCAGAGGAAACGAUCAAUCAACGAGACAGGUUACGCAGACGCUGAAGCCUUCGGCAUUCCUCGAGUCGCAGCGGCCAGCGGCAGCAACGAAUGCGAGCGGACUUCAAAGCGUGUAUCCGGAAGAGGCGUAUGAUGAUGAAAAGGAAGACGACGAAGAGGAAGAAGAACAAGAAGAAGAGGUCGCGGACAAUCCUCUGGUGGAGGAUGGUAUAGUUGAUUAGUGAAUCGUAAAGAUGUUGAUAUUUUUAGUACAGGAGCAAGGAUAAAACUAAGUACAACAAGUACUUAGAACAAAGAACUACAACUUCUGCUUCUUUUCCAAUUGUCUCCUACUUAUCCUUAAAACUACAUUCUGAUACAUCGAUAGAUUCAUGAUUAAGAUUCUGUUUCUCAGAUGCACUGGCAUUCAGCAUUUUAACUAUGAUUCAUCUUUUGAUUCUCCUCUUUCCAGAUGAUGACCUUGAUGGUAUUUUAGACGAACACGAAAGAGACGAGGGGGGAAUAAACAGCAACAGCCGGCCUCUUGCGCUGAUGUCGGGAGUAGGCCCAGCUCUGGAGAGGCAGCGCACGAAGAAAAAGCUUAAUAAGAUGCUGGCACUCUUUCGAGACGAUCUUCCGACAGAAAGACUUGCUAUUUAUGAUGAAUCAGUUUUUAACAUAGGGAACGAUCAGUACAACUUGAAUGUCAUUCGUCAGUCCUUCCUUUUUCUAUGAUUAUGUCUUCAUCUCAUCUCUUACUUUUUUUUAUCCCUGCACAUCUUUGUCUUUCAUACCUUCGAGGAGCUGAAAGACGUUGGGAAUCGUUUGUACCUUGAGCGAGACUACGAGACGGCUGUCGAGUAUUUUUCAAAGGCGAUUUUAGUCUUCGAGUCCCGAUUCUACGAAAACUGUCCUAGAGAUUACGAAAGUAAGCAGAUACUUGCGAUAUUGUACGGAAACCGCGCCCAGUGUUAUUUGAUGCUUGCGAAAAAUGCUCAGGGGACUGAACCCUUUUCGCCAGAUAAAAUCAUUCCGGAAGUCAGGUACAACUCAAUUUGUUCCGAUCAUGAAACAGUCGCUAUUUUUACGCUUGACCUGCAGCUGCACGAGUUCCACCCGAUGUUAAGUUCUCCUUAUCUAUGGAUAAUCGAGUAAUUUAUAAUCAGAAUUUCGCGCGCAGAUGCGGAUUCGGAUCAGAUUCCGGAAAUGACCCUGAUCAUCACUUUGUUUUCGCCAUGAUCAGGUACUACGCUCUUCGCGCAAAUCGCGAUGCCGUGCUGUCUUACACGCUUGAUCCCAUGAAUGCGAAGAGUUUUCACAAACGCGGACAAGCGCUACUUCUCCUGAGCCGGGCACAGGGACGAUCUAAAUCGGCAAUGCUAUCCUUUCAGCGCGCUCUGCAGCUUGGUACGUUGCCGCCAGCCACGAAGCGGGAGACUGAGCAGUGGUAUCGAUUCGCUCGCAAGCGCUGGGACGCAGAUACGCCGUUUCCGAGUAAUAUGCAGGAGACCUGCGCGAUGCAGUGAGGAGUCGCAUACUAGGGAGUCGCUAGUAUCCGCAUCCGCAAAUCACGAGAGAAAGUUUGUUCAUAAAGUAUUCAUCUGAUACAACUUACUCUUACAAAGAAAGAAGUAUUGAUUAUAUUUAUGGUAGUUGUUCUUGUUGUAUGUCUGUGUAGUAAGCCUCACAUAUUGGGGAAAAGGAGACUGUGCAUAAAUAUACAAUCAGGAUUUAAAAGUAAAAAAUGCUGAGGUGCGGCAGCGCAACAGUAAAAAUAGUACGAAGUCGAGGUAUUUGUAAUUCUACUGCGUUAGUAAGAUAAAGUUAAAGCUAAAGCGGAACAAUAAAGACGAAUCAAAUAUUUUUGCAAUUUCAUUACUCUAAUACUAACACAUUACCAAAAGUUCAUCUUCAUUCUCAUUGUCAGAAAAAAAUGUAUCUCUCAUCUUGAUCUUUCAGAUAUCGAUAACAUUCUCAUUCUCCUAUCUAAAAAAGUGGAUAUAAACCAAUAUCAUUACCUAGUUGUAGUACAAGUUUUUCCGCCAAUUAAGAUGCUCCUCUAAACUGCGCGACGAGUGUUAAACAUGAACGCAAUUAUCAAAAAAAUUUAGAGACUAAUCCAAACAAGAACUAUCAUUGCUAUGACGUAAGUGUUAAAGAAUGAUCCAUUGAUCUAUUGUACAUACCAAGCGGAAUAUGAACGAAGACCUACAACAAGUAGGAGCAGGGUUUCAACUGUCCCCAUAAUUAUCAUGAACUUACACCUCCACCAGCUGCACCAGCACGACUAGAUAAAGAACCCAACUCAUGUAGGAGCAAGGUAGGGACGGGAAAUAAAAUCAAUGUCCCUGCAUUGAAACGCAACUCUUUCCUAGAAACAUUUCUGAAGAGAACUGCAAGGAAGUAGUUCGUUGCGAUGGUUCGUUGGAGGAGUGAAGGUGAUAAAGCGAUUUAGAUUCUUGUAUAGCAAUAGUGAUUUGUACAUAUUGGUCCUAGUAUGAGAGUAGUUGGAGGACCAUGAAGAUCAUCUUCAUGAUCAUAUAUCACACUAGACGAAAGUGAAAAGCAGGGUGGGUUGUGCUACCAGAGGUACUCCCGAAUGACCAGACGAUGCAAUAGCGUGUGCCCAUCCACUGGCUUAUCGAGACCUUCCAACUUCCUUUGCGGUUGCACCUUUCGACAAAAAUGUUUCCGACAAGGAAAUCGCGGCUAUUGCGAUAAAUCUUAAUAGUAG